AUGGAACAACUCGACACCCCCUCCGUGGUCAUCAGCAAGCCGCUGCUGAAGCUGAAACUCCUCGAUGCCCUGCGCCAGGGAAGCUUUCCGAACCUGAAGGACCUGCUACAAAGGCAGUUCCAGCCUUUGGACGACCCGAACGUCCAACAAGUGCUCCAUCUCAUGCUCCACUACGCCGUUCAAGUCGCUCCCAUGACCGUUAUCAAAGAAAUCGUCCACCACUGGGCCACUACCGGCACCACCUUUUUGGAUAUCCAUCUCGAUCUAAAUGAACAGGAUUCUAACGGCAACACCCCACUGCACAUCGCCGCGUACCAAUCCCGUGGUGAUAUCGUUGCCUUCCUCAUGGACCAGCCAAGCAUCAAUGACUGCGUGCUUAAUAACUCUCGUCUGCAAGCCAUCGAAAUGUGCAAGAACCUGAACAUCGCGCAGAUGAUGCAAGUGAAACGCUCCACAUACGUAGCAGAGACCGCCCAGGAGUUCCGAACUGCGUUCAACAAUAGAGACUUUGGCCACCUGGAGUCCAUUCUCGCUAGCACCCGAAACGCAGAACUGCUAGACAUCAACGGAAUGGACCCAGAGACUGGUGACACCGUCCUGCACGAGUUUGUUAAGAAAAGAGACGUCAUUAUGUGCCGCUGGCUGCUCGAACACGGCGCAGACCCCUUCAAGAGAGACCGCAAGGGCAAACUGCCCAUCGACCUUGUAAGGAAAGUCAACGAGAACGACACCGCCACCAACACCAAGAUCGCCAUCGACAUCGAACUAAGGAAGCUUUUGGAAAGGGCCACCAGGGAACAAAGCGUCAUUGACGUCACAAACAAUAGCUUGCGUGAGGCCCCCACUUACAAGGGUUACUUGAAAAAAUGGACCAACUUUGCCCAAGGUUACAAACUGCGCUGGUUCAUCCUAAGCAGCGACGGCAAGCUUUCAUACUACAUCGACCAGGCAGACACCAAGAAUGCAUGCCGAGGCUCUUUAAACAUGUCAUCGUGCUCCUUACAUUUGGACUCCUCUGAAAAACUGAAGUUUGAAAUCAUCGGCGGUAACAACGGUGUCAUCAGGUGGCAUUUGAAAGGGAACCACCCCAUCGAGACAAAUAGGUGGGUCUGGGCCAUCCAGGGCGCUAUAAGGUACGCAAAAGACAGAGAACUCCUGCUACACAACGGAACAUCCUCAUCCUCUGCUGCCCUGAGCUAUGGCUUGUCGCCUAAUAAAGAAAAAUUACAUUUUCCACCAAAGCGGAUGGCCAAGAGCCCGCAUAUCCCCAAAUCCAAGCUGGUACAAGACACGGGUACCGACGAUGAUAAACCCCACGCGGAUCCCUUGCCCUUGAUUUCUUCCAGAAGCGAAAGUUCGUGUGAGAUCACUUCAAACCCACAUUCCAGGAAAUCCACAGUUUCAUCUGCAAAGUCAUAUGCACCAUUUUCUGCCAUGGACGAUGAGCAAGACUCUGGUGAAGAUUCCGACGAGGACCGUAAUUCUUCAUACGCAGUGAAUAAUGAUGGCGAAGGUGACGACAACGAUAGUGAAGAAGAUUUAAACGCCAUUUAUGGACCAUACGUACAAAAACUGCGUAUGCUUCAAAGAUCGAUUUCCAUUGAAUUGGCAUCUUUAAAUGAACUGUUGCAAGAUGAGGAACAAGUACACAGCGAAUACUGGAACACCGUCAACACUUCUAUUGAAAACGUUUCUGAGUUUUUUCAAAGAUUAAAUCGUUUAACUUCCCAAAGAGAGAAAAGAAUGAUUGCCCAAAUGACCAAGCAACGUGACGUCAACAACGUUUGGAUCCAAUCGGUAAAAGAUUUGGAAAUGGAACUGGUAGAUAAAGACGAAAAAUUGGUUGCAUUAGACAAAGAACGUAAAAACUUGAAGAAAAUGCUGCAAAAGAAGUUAAGCAAUCAACCGCAGGCUGAAAACGAGGUUAACGAUGAUUCCGACGAUGGGAAUUCAAUGUUAAAAGGGUCUCAGGAAUCAACAAAUACACUCGAGGAAAUUGUAAAAUUCAUUGAAGCUACAAAGGAAAGUGAUGAGGAUUCGGACGCAGAUGAGUUUUUCGACGCAGAAGAGGCUGCCUCCGAUGAAAAAGCCAAAGAAUCAGAAAUAUUACCCACGAAUGAGAAACCUCCGGUUAAAGAAGAACCACAGGAAGAAGCUACUGAAGAUGAAAGCCUGGUUGUGAUCAGCUCUCCCCAAGUGGAAAAGAAAAAUGAACUUUUAAAUGAGGGGUCAUUUGUCGGUUAUGAAGAUCCGGUAAGAACUAAAUUACCCAUGGACGAAGAUAAUCGCCCGAAAGUGGGUCUCUGGUCCGUAUUGAAGUCCAUGGUUGGUCAAGAUCUAACCAAACUGACUUUACCGGUGUCGUUCAAUGAACCAACAUCGCUUUUACAAAGAGUUUCCGAGGAUAUUGAAUAUUCCCAUAUCCUAGACCAAGCUGCCACCUUCGAAGAUUCAUCCUUAAGAAUGUUAUAUGUAGCAGUAUUCACCGCAUCGAUGUAUGCAUCUACCACAAACAGAGUUUCUAAACCAUUUAACCCUUUACUUGGUGAAACCUUCGAAUACGCUAGAACUGAUGGGCAAUAUCGGUUUUUUACUGAGCAAGUUUCCCACCAUCCACCCAUUUCCGCUACUUGGACCGAAUCUCCUAAGUGGGACUUUUUCGGUGAGUGUAAUGUCGAUUCCUCAUUCAAUGGGCGUACUUUUGCCGUACAACAUUUAGGUUUGUGGUACAUUAAAAUCCGUCCCGAUCGUAAUAAUGGCGUUUCAGAAGAAACGUAUUCUUGGAAAAAGCCAAAUAAUACUGUUAUCGGUAUCUUAAUGGGGAAACCACAAGUCGAUAACAGUGGUGAUGUCAAGAUUACAAAUCAUACCACUGGUGACUAUUGUAUGUUGCAUUAUAAGGCACAUGGUUGGACCUCAGCCGGUGCAUAUGAAGUCAGAGGUGAAAUAUAUAACAAAAAUAAUGAAAAACUAUGGGUUCUUGGUGGACAUUGGAAUGAUUCCAUUUAUGGGAAAAAAGUGACCUCCAAGGGCGGGGAAUUAACUUUGGAUAGAAUAAAGACAACAAACUCCACUACUGGUGGACCGAAAUUAGAUGGAUCCAAGUUUUUGAUCUGGAAAUCUAAUGAAAGGCCCUCAGUACCAUUCAAUUUAACAUCAUUCGCAUUGACUUUGAAUGCUUUACCGGCUCACCUGUUGCCAUAUUUGGCGCCAACAGAUAGUCGUUUAAGACCUGAUCAAAGGGCUAUGGAGAAUGGUGACUACGAUAAAGCUGCUGAGGAAAAACAUCGUGUCGAAGUAAAACAAAGAGUUGCAAAAAAAGAAAGAGAACAGAAGGGAGAAGAGUACAAACCUAAAUGGUUUAUUCAAGAGGAACACCCGGUUACGAAGAGUUUGUAUUGGAGAUUCAAUGGUGAAUACUGGAUGAAAAGAAAAAAUCAUGACCUGAAGGAUUGCGCGGAUAUCUAUUAA